GCGAAAAAGAACCGGCUUUUUGCCCCUCUGCUGAGACAAAUAAAAAGAAAAACAAACAACAGGAUUCAAUGGAGAGGCAAUUCCGACUUUCCUCUGGCGUGAAGCGAUUAUUCCAGCUCUUUCUUCACAGCUUGCCCUUUACCCCUCCUACCUCGACCCUCUAGAUCGCUUCUUACCGCACGCCUCGCCCGCCGAGAAUUCCACUACUACUGGUACAUCACGCUAAAGUUCAAUUGAGCAGAUAGAAAGCCACCCAUCACCACCACCAUGUGCCGCUUCCUAGUCUACAAGGGUAAAAACCCCAUCCUCCUUUCAGAUCUAAUCCUCAACCCAACCCACUCAAUCCUAACGCAAUCCUACGACUGCCGUCUACGCCUCGACAGCCUCCCCCACAACGGCGACGGGUUCGGCGUGGGCUACUACACCACGCCCACUCUUUCCACCGAGCCAUGCAUCUUCACCUCCACCACCCCGGCCUGGAAUUGUGUCAACCUCUCCCGCUUGGCGAAGAAGACCGCUUCGUCACUCAUAUUCGCCCACGUGCGCGCCACCACCAGCGGUGCCCUCAACGAGAGUAACUGCCACCCUUUCUCCUACGGAAGUCUCAUGUUCAUGCACAACGGGCACAUUGCGAACUUCAAGAAGAUCAAGCGCGCCAUCGUCAAUGCUAUCCGAGAUGAGUACUUUUUGAUGGUGGAGGGGUCUACGGAUAGUGAGUGGGCUUUUGCCUUGUUCUUAGAUACGCUGCAUUCACUGGGAUACUCGCCAAAGUCCCCGCCUGAAGCGAUGCUCGGGACAAUUCGAAGGUUGAAUGAAUUAUUGGAUGAAGCCGGAACCGGAGAGCCAAGCCUUUUGAACUUUGCGGCUACGGAUGGACACUCGGUCGUUUGCACACGGUACGUCUGCUCGAGGACCGACGAGGCAGCGAGUCUGUACUUUUCGAGCGGAACGAGGUUUCACGAGUAUAAGGAGGGAGGCUUCUAUCGUAUGGAGAGGCAUGAUCGCGGGCAGGACUUGGUCAUGGUUGCCAGUGAGCCUUUGACCUUCGAGCGAGGCGACUGGGUCACCGUGCCUACAAAUAGCAUCUUAACAAUCAACAAACAGACAGUUUUGAUACACCCCAUCAUUGACAAAUACUACCAACAAAACCCUGCCUAUAGUCGCUCCGCCGCCUUUGUCGAGAGCAAAGGCAUGGUAGCCGAACCCAUUGUCCCGAGCAAGCCUGUCAAGAAUGAUACCAAGAAGCCUAGUGCUAUGAACGGGAAAGAUGCGUCUUAUUGAUACCGACAGAACCCCCCUCGGGGUCUGACGAGGGUGAAUGAAUUAGCGAACGGACCGAUUGACCAGACUGGGACCGGAGCACUUAUGAUUCAUUGAUUGGAUUAUAGCAGUGGUGUUUGACCUUGUUUAUGCUUGGUGGUGGUCGUUAUAAUGAUGCGAUGUGCUGCGUAUUGAUGAGAGCUCCUUAUUAUUAUUACCCUUGUUUAUACCCUUGAUCAAGCCCGGGGGGGGGUCUUCGGCAAGCCCUAUCUGUACCUGUUGCAUAUCAUUAUCAUAUCGUACCCCUCCAUUCCCCACGUCUCACACCAUGUAUCUUAAUCACCCAUUGGUAUUAUACAACAGAAACACAACGUUUCUACAAACACCC